AUGAGUUCUAAUAAUACGACGUGCAAAAAUAAUACACGUGAGCAUUCGAGCCAACCAUCAACAUCAUCAAGUUCGCUCUACCAUAAUAGUAGCUCAAGUAAUAAAAUCAGCGAUUGUGAUUCCAUUCCCGAAUUAAAUGAAAACUUACACCAACAAGAUAAUGAUAUUAAUCAAAAUAUUGAUGAUAAUGAUACACAAAUCUUGGACAUAAAUGAAAUUCCUAUUGUUAUACAAGCAGAAGACAGCAAUAUUAUUCCUGCAAAAGAUGUUAUUCCUAUAGACAAUCAUACUACUGGAACUCUAAAUUCCAUAUUACGAAACGUACUUGAAAUAAAAUUAAUGUGCAGACGAAUAGAUGAGCGUUUCAAUAUUUUAGAAAAUAACAAUAAUAACAUAAAUAUUCAUCGUAAUAACAAUUUGCUUCCACCAUUACCAAUGGAUUGUCUCGAAGAUAUAAAUAAUUUUGAAACUAUACUAGUAUCUGAGGAGGCACAAUCACAGCUGGUCAAUAUGUUAACUAUGACUGGUGGCACGACUGAAAAGGAUGCAAUGAAGAGGGCAUUGAAGAAAUUAUUUACGAAUAAUCUAGCUACAAAAUGCUCUUGGACUGGAGCCAAACAAAAUUUUACAUUAAAAGAUUUGAAACUAAUUAUGUGCAUGAAAAAUACCAUAAAAAAAACUUGUUCCACCAUAACAGAGGCACAAUUCGAAGAAAUUUUAAAAGCAUGGUUCAGACAGUCAAAUCUGCGGUUAAAUCGUCGAAAUAACAAGAAUAAAAAUAAGAAUAACACUGAAGAGAAUAACAAGAAUAAUAAAAAUGAAAAUGCAAAUGAUACUGUGGGAAAUGACGUUGUGCACUAGAGCGACGCAUGAUGCAAAUAUUAUAGCACGGUUAUUAUGUAAUAAUUAUUUCAAUAAGAUGGAAGGGAUAUAAAAUAGUGCUUGACUUUUCUACAAGAAAUUAUGUAGUUGCUCACGGUUAGAUUGCAGCGAAUGCAUCAAUCAUCGUGCGAUAAAAGAAGAAGGCGGGAACGUAUGUACAAAACUUUAAGUUAAUGUACGAAUCAUUAGGCACAAAAGUAUCUAAAUAUUUAAAAGUACAAUACUAUAAAGUACACUUGUUAUAUUUACAUUAUGAAAUUUAAUAAAGAAUACAAUUAGAUAUUUAA